CUCCUUCCUAAUAGAUACUUUGAAACCCAAAUUUGGUGUGACGUCGUUUUCUUAUAUUCCCGCGGCCAAUUCUCAUCUUUCCCGCCGCCCUUCCCCGGAAGAGGAAAAUCCCCUAAACCGUAACCAGUAGCCGGGGCAUCUCCGGCAACGACUAAAAAUGGAUACUAGAGCGGAAACGGCGAGGAUUCUGGUGGAGUUCCUGGAAGUGGCGAUUACGUCCAUCGUUUUCCACAAGAGGGUUUAUCCCGCCGGCGCCUUUGAGAGGCGGAGAUAUAUGAACGCGGUGGUUCAUAGAGCGAAGCAGCCAGAGCUCCGAGAUUACAUCCACUCUUCCGUCAACGCUCUCUUCCCUUUCAUCCAAAAGGGAUUGGUGGAAAGAGUACUAGUGAUCUUCUUCAACAAAGAUGAUAAUGUGGCUAACGAGCGAUUCGUGUUCAAGCUCGGUAUGAACCAGUCGUCAUCAUCUGGAUCGAAGAUUGAAGAAGCCGAUCUCGAAUUCUCGCUUCGCUCCUUCCUUAUCAAACUCCCCACAUCAGAAAAUCUCACCAAGCCUCUCCCUCCCGAUUGCAGAUGGGAAGUAACAGCUUACUUCCGAGGUCUUCCCGAGGUUGGUACGAGCAAAGAAGCAGAUGUGUGGAUCCCGACUGACACGAAGCAGUGGCAGCACCUCCCAGAAGUUACUCCAAUCAAGUCCAUGAGCAGCCAGCCUUUGUCUCUGCAGUUGUUCGUCGAACAUCCGAGCCCAUCUGAACCAAAGACUGGCCAUGUGUAAAUAUUAUGCCAAGAUCAAUCUUAGUUCUUUAUUGUCCAAUAUUGUUGUGUCAGUUUCCUUGCUAGUUUUUUGGGUUUCACUAUGUGAAGAAGCUCAAUUUUGUGUCUGUUUGUAUUAAUCCUAACUGCACAACUGAUGUUUAGUAAUCCGAAUUUGAGUAGGACGGGGGAAAGUUGCAUGCAUUGGUUUCGCUUGGAUCUAGAUUGAGACAUAGGUUAGUAUAACCAAGAACUAGGAACUUAAUUACUACUUUCCAUUGUAUAUCAUCUCGAAACCAUCUCCAUCAUAGAUGAGGCUGCUUAAAUAGCUAUCAGCUUGCCACUUCUUCCUCAUAGUAACUGUACCAUCCAAGAAUACUAAUCAAGAACACUCUUCCCUUUCUAAUCCCUAAGGAAUUUGGCAGGAGCUGCUUGACCAUUACGUUAAUAAUGCCCUGUUUCCGAAACUUUCGUACUUUGUCGUCCUCCUUUCUCCUCCGGCAUUGUUGCUUCACUGCUCCAAACCAGCUCGUGUUCCCAUCGCACUUACCUUGCAAUCCUUCGUACCUUGCAAUUGGAGUGGGACAGCAGGAGACCCUAGGCAGGAACACAGUUUAAAGACAAGCAGUGGGAUCUUUCAAUCUCACAGGGUGCUCUGCACGUAAAUUUUGCGCGAAAUGCAAACUGAAACUGUAAGUGUUUGGAGACGGGAAGAAGAUGGAAGAUCAUGGACGAUGCAAUGUGAAGGGUUAUUGAAGACGAGUACAUCAUCAUCAAUGUCUUACUUGGAUCUCAAAUACUAUUCUAUACUUAAUACUCAUCCAGAGAGGCCGGAAGUUGUUUACUUUAAUUAUCAUCAUCCUCCUUAUAUCAAUGAUGGAGCUACCUUGUCCUACAAUCUGAAGCGGGGAGGAUUAGAGUACGUACGUACGUCCGUCUUCUAAGUUCUAACGCUAUAUACACCUCAUUGGUCGGUGUUCCAACCUCGGGUCUCCUGCUGGCCUACUCCGAUUCCAAGGUACGAGGAAUUGGGAGGUAUCUACGAUGGGCACAUGAGCUGGUUCAGAGUGCCAAGCAACAACAACUCCCACCGUCCCACGACACUGCUCACCGAAACAAGCACAAAAGAUGAACAAGAAAGCGGGACUCUGGGAUUGGUUUGAUUGCUGAACCGCGAUAGAGGAACGACAAUCCAGUCAAUCCUGUAACUCAGGGAAUAGCUCAACUGUACUCAGGUAGACGUUGCUUGCGAAUCAAGUAGGAUGAUCAGCAUUAGAUUUUCAUUACCCUAUUGGUGCUGGAUGCUUUAGAUUUUGUGAAUAUUUGCGUGCGUGUGUCCAGCAUGCUUCUCUGUAUGAGCAUCCACAUUGGUAUUGUUAUUCUCAAUUGCAAAUUGACAUGUCAUAGGUGUUUGCAAUUGCAAAACCAAUUGCAUUGAUGUGGCUACCAACUGCAUAUUUGCUUUGCAAGCUUGCAACAAAUGCAAUUUCAUAUGCAAGUCAAAAAAGCCUUAAAAAAUGAGGAUUUUUUACUUUAUAUUAUUUUCUUUUAUCUUUUACUUAAUUUUUUAUAAUGUAAACAUAAUAUUUUAUUACAUUUGCAAUUGCAAGUUAAUUGCAUUGAUCUAGGUGAAUGAAAUGAAUGUGAUGUGGAUUGCAAAAAAUUUGAGUUGACAAUAAAAAACAAAAAUGCAAUUUCUUUUGCUAUUGUAUUGAUGGAGAUGCUCUUAAUGGCUGAAAUAUUGGCUAAUUGUAAUAUUGCCUUUUAACGGUACAUUAUCCUCUGUUCAUAAAUGGCUUUUUAGAAGUGUAAGUGAAUAAGGCCAUUGGAGUAAACCUCGUGGCGAAUCCGGGAUUGUUGAAGAGGGGUGUCGGCUAAUGAACGAGUAUCGACUAUAAUUAUUAAAGUGGUGUUGGAAAUCUCGUAUUAAAAUUUUUUGUAAACA